AUGCUUACUACAACCAAGAUAUAGUCACUGGUUUUGUUUUAUUUUUUAAUUUGUGGUGCACUUGGAAAAAAAAAGGCAAAGUGCUUCAAGUGAGAAAAAGCCCUGACUUCAUUUGGCAUAGUGAAUGGGAUUAGAUAAAGAGUUAGAAAGACCUCGAUUCAAGUCUUGCAUCAAUAGGGAGGUCACUUAAGUUAGCUUUUCCAUAAGUUACUUAGACUCUCCAUACCCAUACAAUGAAGGUAGAUCCUCUAAAGUUCCUUCUAGCUCUAAAUAUAUGAUCUUAUGGCUGUGGAGAACAUAAGUUGGUCAUCAUAAAAUGGGGGUUUCUACCUUAUCAGAGAGUUGUGCUAUUUGAGCUUGACACCAAUGGCCUAGGGAACCUAGGAAGCAAUUUUAUGGUUAACCAGACUAAAAAAUAAAUGGAACCAUAUGAAGGAUAAAUAUCAGCCAUGGUUAUUCCAGAGUGGGGUGAUGGCCUCUGGGAUCCACAACUUUGGAGACUUCCCUUCAAAGGCAAGCAAACAUUUCCUCCGGGGCUGAUCUCUCUUUCAGGGAGGCACUCCAUCGCGGUCACGACUCUCACCUCGGCAGGGAACAUCGGGGAGGAUGGCAUCCUGAGCUGCACGUUUGAGCCCGACAUCAAACUCAGUGACAUCGUGAUACAGUGGCUAAAGGAAGGCGUCAUGGGCUUGGUCCAUGAGUUCAAAGCAGGCAAGGAUGAUCUGUCUGGCCAAGAUGACAUGUUUAAGGGCCGCACGGCCGUGUUUGCAGAUCAAGUGAUAGUUGGCAACGCUUCUCUAAAGCUGAAAAAUGUGCAGUUAACAGACGCCGGCACCUACAAGUGCUACGUCAUCACCUCCAAGGGCAAGGGGAACGCCAAACUGGAAUACAAAACCGGAGCCUUCAGCAUCCCAGAUGUGAAUGUGGACUACAAUGCCAGUUCCGAAAGUCUGCGCUGCGAGGCUCCCCGAUGGUUCCCACAGCCCACUGUGGCCUGGGCCUCUCAGGUUGACCAGGGAGCCAACUUUUCUGAAGUUUCCAACACCAGCUUUGAGCUGAACUCUGAGAAUGUCACCAUGAAGGUGGUGUCAGUGCUCUACAAUGUCACUGUCAACAACACAUACUCCUGCAUGAUUGAGAAUGACAUUGCCAAAGCUACAGGAGAUAUCAAAGUGACAGACUCUGAGAUUAAAAAACGGGGCCACCUGCAGCUGCUGCAUUCCGAAGCUGGCCUGGCAGGCUCAUCCCUCUGUGCCCUUGGUUGGGUGCUUCUGCCCCUCACCCCGCACUUGAUGCUCUUAUAG